AUGGCGUCUCGAAAUAAUUCUGCCAUGUCGCAUUCCUCGGAUACCGACAACUUCCCACAUCAACAUCUCGAGGCAGGCGAUACUGAGAGUGUAUUGUCAUCGCGCAUGACCGAUAUAGCCUCAGAAGAUGGAGGAGAUCGUGUCGCAGAUUCUGCAGUCCGCCCAACCCCACAAGGCUACCGACGAGGCAGUGCCCAGGCUGGAGAUGUGGGGUCGAGGCCGAGUACUGCUGUUACAGCAGUCUCGUCACAACAAAGGGCAUGGUCCCAAGCACCUCCAUCUCGAAGAGGACCUCCUCCCCUUGCACAACGGGGCAGCAUAUCUGGUUCGACUACAUCUGGGGGUCGACCUACGAGCGCUACCAGUAGAACCCAUGUUCCGUCACUCUCGUCCCACGCCUUUUUCCGUCCGAUGAGCUCACAACGACUACAAGCGCAGAGAGGAUCUCGACCAUCAUUGUUACAAAAAGCACCGACCAAUGACGGCUCUGCCGAGGGCAACAAUGGCGUAAGGAGGCAGAACAGUGUCACCUCGGAUAUGACAAGGCAGGAGGCACCCGAGGAACGUCCACCUUCGAUAGGGACUGAAGUGUCGGAGAUGACUGAGAGAGUGACAGCUAAUACUAGCCCUACUCAUGGAUACACAUCUACAAGUAGUCCUACUCAAGAACACAACACAACUGCAAGCCUUUCAGAGAGCGCGCGACCUUUACAAAGACCUGCAGGCAAUACCAAGAAGCUUACUUUGAACGUGGAUGGCAAACACAAAAGUGGCGGACUCCCUACACCUGCGAAAUCUCCACGAUCCUUUCGUUCUAGCUUCUUACUACCUACUCGAGGGGAUGAUACGAAUAGCCCCAAUCGUAGCUCAAAAGGGAGAGAAAAGCUAUCUUCAGUAGCGUCAUCACCAGGCUUGACUCCAACACAUGUCUCGAAGCCGACUCCAAAGACGCCAAAUCUUGGAAACAAUUACCAAUACUUUACCGGCAAUACCCAAUUCUUUUGGGGGGGACGAUUACAAAAUACUCGAGAUAGACCUAUCAGUAUCGUCACCGGUUUCCUCGUGGUCCUGCCAGGAAUCCUUUUCUUCAUCUUUUCAGCGCCUUGGUUAUGGCACAACAUCUCACCCGCGAUACCCAUUGUAUUUGCCUAUGUGUAUUAUAUCUGCUUAUCUUCUUUCCUUCAUGCAUCACUUUCAGAUCCAGGGAUUUUCCCCCGCAAUCUCCAUCCAAUGCCACCCCCAGACGAGAAUGAAGACCCCCUGGCUCUCGGCCCACCUCAAAGCGACUGGACCCUAAUAAAAUUCUACAAGAGCUCAGAAUCAAUGGAAGUGCCAACAAAAUACUGCAAAACCUGCAAUAUCUGGCGCCCCCCACGCGCCCACCACUGUCGCGCAUGCGACUCCUGCAUCGAAACCCAAGAUCACCACUGUGUAUGGAUCAACAACUGCGUAGGCCGCCGCAACUACCGCUAUUUCUUCACCUUCCUUACUUCCGUUACCAUUUUCGGUUGCUUAGUGCUCGGUUUUAGCCUUGCUCAAAUCCUCUCUUACAAAAACUCCCAACAUAUCAGCUUCACCGAUUCCAUCUCACAUUUCAGAGUCCCCUUCGCAAUGUUGAUCUACGCUGCUCUCACCACCCCAUACCCGGCUUCGCUCUGGAUCUAUCACAUAUUUUUGAUGGGACGUGGGGAGACGACGCGUGAAUAUCUAAAUUCUCAUAAAUUCCUCAAGAAAGACCGCUACCGUGUUUUUACGCAAGGCAACGUUUUGAAGAACUGGCUUGUGGUACUUUGUCGGCCACGGCCGCCUAGUUAUCUAGACUUCAAAAAGAGAUACGAAGAGGGCGAUCCGAGGUUUGGGGAGAAGAGGGGGAAGAAGACGGCGCCGGUCAAGGAGGAGUUUCAGGGAAAGGGGGUUGGGCCGGAUGCUGCGAUGGAGAUGGGCGAUGUGACGGGUGAGAGGGGAUUUCAAGGACCGAGUGCCGUGAGGGCGGGUGUUAGAUAG